AUGCCAACAGAAUGGGAUCUAAGUGACCUAUUCACCAUUUAUAAGAGGAAAGGGGACCCACUGGACUGCGGGAACUUCAGGGGUAUUAAGCUCCUAGAACAUGUUAUGAAGAUACUGGAGAAGGUAAUAGAGGGAAGUUUAUGUGGACUGGUAUCAGUAAACGAUAUGCAGUUUGGCUUUAGCCCAGGUAGGGGAACGAUGGACGCUGCCUUUAUUAUAAAGCAACAGCAGGAAAAACAUCUCGAAGUGAACUGGGACUUAUAUUACACAGUCCCAGAGAAACUGAUAAGGGAAAGAAGUACUGACAUCAGGAGAGAAUUGGGAGUGAGUGACAUCAACAAGAAGGUCAAGGAAAUAAGAAUAAGAUGGUACGGACAUGUGAAAGAGAGAAGGCCAUCCAGCAAAAGUGGCUAUGGAAAGUAUAGUACCAGGAAGAAGGCCGAGAGGAAUACCAAAGAAGAGAUGGAGAGAUAA